AUGUACUAUAUUUGGAAAGUGAGUGGGUGGGUAUGGAGGCGGCUGGGGAGAGUGGGGGCUAGGUUUACGAGGCCAUGGGGGCUCCGCGUCCAGGCCGUGGGUGACAAAAAGAUCCAGUGGGUUGUAGUUUGUACUGAACCUCUGAAAAACGGCGCCGUCUUAGCUAACUCCCAAAUCUGA